UUUCGGAUUCGACUUCCACACCAGCAGUGUGUCGGCGACCAACUACAACAUUGAACGAGCAGCCACUUGGGCUACACGGUGUAGGAUGGAAAAGAUUAUGAGGCUCUUCGUUCUGGUAUUACUUUUCGUCGCCCACUUCGGUGACGCCCAAGGCGAUGUCGGUGAAAAUGGCGAUGACGACUGCACGGAAGCCCAGCAGAGAGCCAUUAACGGACGGCCAUUGUCCUCACGUCGCUUCAUGUGGUGGCCUUACGACGCAUGCAGCAACGGACUCACCUACGUCACGUGCGACGGAGACCUCAAAUGCAACGCAAUUCGUCGACAGGGGGGCGGUCCAUCUCUCUCAACUCAUACACUGUGGACGCACACAAGAGGCACAGACAGCGUAGGCCAAGCGAACGACUUUGUCGACACUGUGCUUCUGCAAAGAAUGCCGACUCUCAUCAGGGAAACAGUUGUCCACGGCCACUUAUCUCUGCCAUUCCAUUAUUUCAAGGUCUACAAGACUGCCUGGCUGAUGAACCGAGACUUGAAGGUGUACGUACUCUCGGGCAGAUUCAGACACUUUAGCACGGCUGUGAGACGCAACGACGACUGCGUCCUCUCAAUGGUGGCGGGAAACGUGAGCGUCAGCUGCAGUCUGAGCAUUGAUGGCAUCGUUGCAGAACUCCAGACCGAGGCGAAAGGGGACAAUCUGCUGGCCACUAAAAAAUCUGUUCGAGUCGACGCACAAAUGUACGGCAUGACUGGUCGACUUGAAGUUACUUCCGCCAUGAACCAACCUGCCUUCCUGCGUUCUUUCGUUGUGGAGAACGGCUACUUCCACGUGACGGUCGGACACAAUCUCGAACUGAACUCGGUUCGAAUGAGCAACUUCGAGUCCAACAUCCGUUGGUAUCUCGGCCAACAUCUGCAAGAGAAGUUCUACACUUACUACGAGGCACUGCUCAGACAUGCGUUUGCCCGCAAGAGCUUUUUCUUGUUUUGAUCGAUAAUGUUACACUAUAUUUGGAUCA